AAGUUGAAGCAGCUCUCACUGAAAAAGCUAAGCCGCCAAAUAAUAGAAACAAAAAUUGCAGAGACACAUCACUAAACAAAGCAAAACAAUGGCGUUUUCCGCUUCGAUCUCUUCGCGAGUUCUUCACUCUUCAGCCGCAUGUGCUCACCAUGACAGAACCCAGAUCUAUCGUCCUCCUUGUCAAUGCCGCUCCUUCUCUCCUUUCUCAAACGUUUCAUUCCCUUCAAAACGAAUAGCUGUUUCACAGCAGGGAAAAGGGGAGUCUUCGAAUUCGUGCAUAUUGGCUUCAGUUACAGAUAUUUCGGUAGAAAAAUCGAUGGAAGAAUUUCAGCUUCCCAAUGGAGACUUGUGGUCUGUUCAUAAGUUUGGUGGCACCUGUGUUGGAAGCUCUGAAAGAAUCAAGAAUGUUGCAGAGAUAAUCAUAAAGGAUGAUACAGAAAGGAAGUUGGUAGUUGUUUCAGCUAUGUCAAAAGUAACAGAUAUGAUGUAUGACCUCAUCUUUAAGGCACAAUCACGGGAUGAUUCAUAUGUAUCUGCUGUGGAUGCUGUUUUUGAAAAACAAAAAUUAACAGCACAUGAUCUACUUGAUGGGGAUGAGCUUGCUGGUUUCUUGUCCCUGCUGCAUAAUGACAUUCAUAACCUUAAAGCUAUGCUUCGUGCAAUAUACAUUGCUGGUCAUGCUACGGAAUCUUUUACAGAUUUUGUUGUUGGACAUGGAGAGUUGUGGUCUGCUCAGUUGUUAGCAGCUGUCGUCAGAAAGAAUGGUAUGGAUUGCCAAUGGAUGGAUACAAGAGAUGUCCUCAUUGUAAAUCCAACCAGCUCAAAUCAAGUUGAUCCUGAUUUUUUGGAAUCUGAAAAAAGACUGAAGAAAUGGUAUUCUCAAAAUCCGUUGAAGACAGUAAUUGCAACUGGUUUUAUAGCUAGUACACCAGAUAAUAUUCCCACAACUUUGAAGAGGGAUGGAAGUGACUUCUCUGCUGCUAUAAUGGGCGCUCUACUCAGGGCACGCCAAGUCACAAUUUGGACUGAUGUGGAUGGAGUGUAUAGUGCAGACCCAAGAAAAGUUAGUGAAGCUGUGAUACUGAGGACAUUGUCUUACCAAGAGGCCUGGGAAAUGUCAUAUUUUGGGGCAAAUGUCUUGCACCCUCGCACCAUCCUCCCAGUUAUGCGAUAUGACAUUCCAAUUGUAAUAAGGAACAUCUUUAACCUCUCUGCACCUGGAACAAUGAUUUGUCAGCCUUCUGUUUGUGAAAAUGAAGAUAACCAGAUUGUUGACACUCCUGUCAAAGGGUUUGCAACAAUUGACAAUUUAGCUCUGAUAAAUGUCGAGGGAACUGGAAUGGCUGGUGUUCCUGGUACAGCAAGUGCCAUUUUUGGUGCUGUGAAAGAAGUUGGAGCCAAUGUCAUCAUGAUAUCUCAGGCCAGUAGUGAGCAUUCUGUCUGCUUUGCUGUGCCUGAGAAGGAAGUAAAAGCUGUUGCGGAGGCAUUACAGUCUAGAUUUCGUGAAGCUCUGAAUGCUGGGAGGCUUUCCCAGGUGGCAGUCGUUCCCAAUUGUAGCAUUUUAGCAGCAGUGGGCCAGAAAAUGGCAAGUACACCUGGAGUUAGUGCCACUCUUUUUAAUGCUUUGGCAAAGGCAAACAUCAAUGUCCGUGCUAUAGCCCAAGGUUGCUCUGAGUACAAUAUCACUGUCGUAGUCAAGCGUGAAGAUUGCAUAAGGGCUUUGAGAGCUGUCCAUUCUAGGUUUUUUCUUUCGAGAACCAUAAUAGCAAUGGGGAUUAUUGGCCCUGGCUUGAUAGGGGGCACAUUACUCGACCAGCUCAGGGAUCAGGCAGCAGCACUAAAGGAAGAAUUUAACAUUGACUUGCGUGUUAUGGGAAUUACCGGCUCGAGGAAUAUGCUCUUGAGCGAUUCGGGAAUUGACUUGUUGAGAUGGAGAGAGCUAUUAAAGGAGAAAGGAGAAGUAGCUGACCUCAACAAAUUUACUCAACAUGUGCAAGGGAAUCAUUUCUUCCCAAAUACGGUUUUGGUAGAUUGUACAGCAGACGCACAUGUUGCCAGUUGUUAUCAAGAUUGGCUGCGUAAAGGGAUUCAUGUGAUCACGCCUAACAAAAAAGCGAACUCUGGACCUCUUGAUCAAUAUUUGAAGUUGAGGGCCCUUCAACGGAAAUCCUACACACAUUACUUUUAUGAAGCAACUGUCGGUGCUGGUCUUCCAAUCAUUAGCACUUUAAGGGGACUGCUUGAAACUGGAGACAAGAUAUUGCGCAUUGAAGGCAUUUUCAGUGGGACUUUGAGUUAUCUAUUUAAUAACUUUACAGGUGCACGAAGUUUCAGUGAGGUGGUGGCAGAGGCAAAAGAAGCAGGUUAUACUGAACCAGAUCCUAGGGAUGAUCUGUCUGGAACAGAUGUUGCCAGAAAGGUGAUAAUUCUUGCUAGAGAAGCGGGUUUGAAGCUGGAACUUUCUGAUCUCCCUGUUCACUCUCUUGUGCCUGAACCUUUGAGAGCUUGUGCAUCUGCUGAAGAGUUCAUGAAGCAAUUACCACAAUAUGACCAAGAACUGGCAAAUGAAAGAAAAGAAGCUGAGGAUGCAGGGGAAGUUCUGAGGUAUGUUGGCGUGGUGGAUGCCGUCAACCAAAAGGGCACGGUGCAGUUGCGAAGAUACAAGAAAGACCAUCCAUUUGCACAGCUCGCUGGUUCUGAUAAUAUCAUAGCUUUCACGACAACAAGGUACAAGGAGCAGCCACUUAUAGUGCGUGGUCCAGGUGCAGGAGCUCAAGUCACAGCUGGUGGAAUUUUCAGUGACAUAUUGCGGCUGGCCUCAUAUCUCGGUGCCCCAUCAUAGUAACGUGAAUAUCUUUACCUACUGGUUUUAUCUUUCAGUUAUUUAAGACAGUGGUUGGUCGUUGAGUAAGUUUGUUGAUUGUAGUGGUUGAGAUGUAUUCUAAAGUGAUUAGUCCCAGAGCAGUGUUGUGUUUUGAAAUUCAGUGAGAUAGCUUCAAUAGUUCUCUUUCCGUUUUA